AUGGAUACUAUUCUUGGUGCAACUGACACAUUGCCGAGCAGUCUGGAAUGGGCAAUGGUUGAAAUUGUUAGGAACUCAGAGGUGAUGAAGAAGAUGAAGGAAGAACUAGAGAGAGUGAUCGGAAAUGAUCGGAGGAGAAUGAUCAAAGUCUCCGACUUGCCGGGGUUGAAGUACUUAGCCAUGGUUGUGAAGGAGAGCUUGAGGUUGCACCCACCUGGGCCACUUCUUGGUCAUAAGAGUUCUGAAGAAUGUGACAUUGGAGGAGGGCUUUAUGUACCAAAGGAUUGCAAUGUUUUGGUGAAUGUUUGGGCUAUUGGUAGAGAUUGUGAAGUGUGGACAAAUGCUGAAGAGUUUUUGCCAGAGAGAUUUGAGAGCUCUUUUGUGGAUGUGAAGGGAAGUGACUUUAGACUUAUACCAUUUGGAUCUGGUCGGAGAGCUUGUCCUGGAAUUAACUUUUCUUUGACAAUGAUUCCUCUUGUGUUGGCCAACUUGAUGCAUUGUUUUGAUUGGGAGCUUCCGGAUGGGAUUUCAGCUUCACAGAUUGACAUGCAGGAGAAGUAUGAAGGGUUUGCAAUAACCAUGGCUACUCCUCUUACACUCAAACUAGUAGCUUUAUAA